GGAUGCCGGGACACCCGGAAGGCUGGAGAUGGCCUUGCAGUCUCUAAGCCACACCUGAUCAUGUGUCUGGAACAAUGGAAAGAGCCCUGGUAUGUGAAGAGAUACAAUGUGUUAGAGAAACCCACAGGACUUCAUAGACAAACAAGAGUCCAUACUGGAGGGAAAUCCUACAAAUGUGAAGAAUGUGACAAAGUGUUUAAUUGGUAUUCAAGAUUUAUUCAGCAUCAGAGAAUCCACAUUGAAAAGAAACCUUACAAAUGUGAAGUAUGUGGCAAAGCCUUUUUCACUAAAAUAAGAUGUACUGAACAUAUGAGUAUCCAUACUGGAGAGAAACACUGCAAAUGUGAGGAAUGUGGCAAAGCUUUUUUCACUAAAAGAAGAUUAACUGAACAUAUGAGAAUCCAUACUAGAGUGAAACCCUACAAAUGUGAUGAAUGUGGCAAAGCUUUUUCCACUAAAGGAAGAUUUUUUGAACAUGUUACAAUCCAUACUGGAGAGAAACUCUACAAAUGUGAAGAAUGUGACAAAGGCUUUAGUAGGUCCUCAUAUUGUCUUCGACAUCAGAGAAUCCAUACUGGAGAGAAACCCUAUAAAUGUAAGGAAUGUGGCAAAGCCUUUUUAACUAAAGGAAGAUGUACUGAACAUGUGAGUAUCCAUACUGGAGAGAAACGGUACAAAUGUGCAGAAUGUGACAAACACUUUCGCACUUAUACAGGACUUGCUCAUCAUAAAAGUAUCCAUAAUAAAGAGAAAUCCUACAAAUGUGAAAAAUGUGACAAAGGCUUUAAUUGGUACCCAAAUUUUCUUCGACAUAAGAGACUCCACACUGGAGAGAAACCUUAUAAAUGUAAAGAAUGUGGCAAAGCCUUUUUCACUAAAGAAAGAUGUACUGAACAUAUUCGUAUUCAUACUGGAGAGAAACCCUAUAAAUGUGAAGAAUGUGACAAACCCUUUCGCUCUUAUACAGGACUUGCCCAACAUAAAAGGAUCCAUAGUCAAGAGAAAUCCUUCACCUGUGAAAAAUGUGACAAAGCCUUUCGGUGGCACUCACAUCUUACUCGACAUCAGAAAAUUCAUACUAGAGGGAAUCCCUGA